AUGACCGAUAAAGAGGAUGCAGCUGGUGACAUUCCACAACUCCCAUUCACUCAUGAGCAAUGUCAUAAGCUUCUCUCAUUGAUUUCAAAUUCAGACAUCUCACAACCAUUAUCAGAAGAGGUGUAUAUGGAGUUACCUCCUGGUUAUGCUGGCAGUAAGGGAAAAUUUUUUGGCCUAAAGCAAGCUUCAAGACAAUGGUACUCAAAAUUAUCACAAGCUUUGCUUAACUAUGGUUUUGAGCAGUCCAAAUCUGAUCACUCUUUGUUUAUAUACAAGUAUGAUUCUAUCUUCUUGGCACUUUUAGUUUAUGUUAAUGAUAUCAUAUUGGCCAGUGAUGAUAUGAAUGAGAUUACUCGAUUGAAAGGGUUCUUAAAUGAGCAGUUUAAAAUCAAAGAUUUGGGACAAUUGAAGUACUUCUUAGGAAUUGAAGUAGCACAGUGUAAAAGAGAUUUUCCUAUGGAGACUAAUCUGAAAUUGCAGAAUACUGAUGAAGAUCUGCUCAUUGACCCUACAAGCUAUAGAAGAUUGAUUGGAAAACAUCUAUUUUUAACUACAACACGGCCUGACAUUUCUUAUUCUGUUGGUAAGCUUAAUCAGUUCAUGGAUAAGCCAGCAAAAGCACACAUGAAUGCUGCCUACAGAGUGCUAAGGUAUAUCAAGCAAAAUCCAGGACAAGGGUUGUAUUUUUCUGUUGAUUCAGAAUUGCACAUCAAAGAUUUUUGUGAUUCAGAUUGGGGAGGCUGUAAGGACACCAGAAAGUCAAUAACAGGGUACUGUACGUCCUUGGGUCACAGUUUGGUAUCCUGGAAGUCAAAGAAACAGUCCAUAGUUUCCAGAUCUUCAGCUGAAGCAGAGUACAGAGCUCUUGCUUCAGCAACCUGUGAGGUUUUGUUGUUAAAAUACUUGCUUGCUGACUUGAAAAUUGAUCAUUCACGACCAGCUUUACUCUUCUGUGACAGUCAAUCAGCCUUACACAUUGCAAAAAAUCCUGUAUUCCAUGAACGUACUAAACACAUAGAGAUUGAUUGUCAUGUUGUUCGCAAAAAACUACAAGCAUGA